UCCCUUCCCUUCCCUUCCCUUCCGCUCGCCGCGCAUUUCGCUGCCGGAGCGGGUCCCUGUCGCUUCCCGGAGCGGGGCCGGUGUCCAGCCCGUGCCGCUGUUCGGCUGCCGGCGGUGGCCGCAGCCCCUUGCACCCCGCCAUGGCUCUGUCCUGCGUGUUGAGGCCACCGCGCUGCCUCCUCCGCGCUCCGCCGCUCGCCCUGCUCUGCCUGCCCGCUCCGCGCCGCAGCCUGGUGACAACCACAGCAGCGUGGGAAGGGAAGAAAAAGGCCAGGGAGAGCUGCAGCCUGCCAGAAUCCUCCUGGGAGGARAGGUUAGCAAAUGCAGUGACACCACUGUGGAGACUUCCCUACCAAGAGCAGCUGCAGGUAAAGUAUGAAAGCCAGAGGAAGAUUUUGCAGACACUGGCAUCUCGUCUUGAGGAGCUGGGAAUAGAUGCACAGAAACCUGGUGGGCUCUGCUGUCCUCUCCAGCCUGUAGUCCCUUCGCCCAUCAUUAAUGGCUACCGAAACAAAUCAACUUUCUCUGUGAACCGAGGACCAGAUGGGAACCCCAAAACUGUGGGGUUGUAUGUAGGAACUGGCAGAGAAAGAAAUAUUGUCUGUGUGAAAGCCARCCAUGUGGAGAACAUACCCUCAAAACACAAACAAGUAGCCCAGUGCUAUGAGGAGUUCAUCUGUCACUCACCCCUGGACUCCUGCAUCCUCUUCCAUGAAGGAGGGCACUGGCGGGAGCUCGUGGUUCGUACCAGCAGCCUUGGCCACACCAUGGCUAUUGUCACCUUCCACCCCCAGGAGCUGGGCCAGGAGGCACUGGCUACUCAGAAAGCAUUGCUGAAGGAGUUCUUCACRUGUGGACCUGGAGCAGUCUGUGCCUUGACUUCACUUUAUUUCCAAGAGAGCACCAUGACACGCUGCUCCCAUGAGCAGGCCCCCUACCAGCUCCUCCACGGAGCACCGCACAUCUUCGAAGAACUGCUCGGCCUGAAGUUCCGCAUCUCUCCCGAUGCCUUUUUCCAAGUCAACACAACUGGAGCAGAAGUUCUGUACCAGACAGUCGGGGAGCUCUGCCAGGCUACUGGGGACACUGUCCUGCUUGACAUCUGCUGUGGGACAGGCACAAUUGGACUCUCUCUGGCUCACAGWGUGUCCAAGGUCAUUGGUGUUGAGAUGGUAGAGAAGGCAAUAGAGGAUGCCAAGUGGAAUGCAGCAUUCAAUGGGAUCUCAAACUGUGAGUUUCACAGUGGAAAGGCAGAGGCUGUGUUACCACAGCUCCUGGCAUCGUGGGAGGAUGCCCGACCGCUUGUUGCUGUGGUGAACCCCUCUCGGGCUGGCCUACAUUACAGGGUUGUACGAGCCAUCCGGAACUGCAGGUCCAUCCGCAGGCUGCUCUACAUCUCCUGCAAGCCAGAGGGUGAAGCCAUGAGGAACUUUCUUGAGCUGUGCUGCCCACCUGACCCACGGAAGAAGCUGGUAGGGGAGCCAUUUACCCCYAUGCUGGCUAUUCCUUUUGACUURUUUCCUCACACUGUGCAUUGUGAGCUGGUGCUGCUCUUCACYCGCUGAC